UUUAAAUUUUAGGAACGUCUGGAAGUACUUCCUUGCGCAAAACGAUUUCAUAUCGGCUCGCAAGUACGCGGCUAGCAAUCGUCAUAAUUUAGACGUGGUCCUGAAAAAGCAAGCUGACCAGCUGUUUGAGGACAAGAAGUUCGUUGCCGCUGCCGAAAUCUACGCCAUGACACAGACUCCGUUCGAGGAGGUGGUGCUGAAGUUCCUGCAGCUGGACGACAAGAACGGCCUAAAGACGUUUUUCCUCAAGAAACUGGACACCUUUUCGCCUACCGAAGUUUUGCUGUCGAAUCCAGGGGCUGUCAAACAGCUGCUUUAUAGUCACGGAGAUUUGGAAACCCUCGUUUACGUUUUUGGUCUUUUAAAGGGUGAAUUCUUUUUUUACCAAUUAUUUGCUUUUUGUCAUGUUAACUUCGAUGAUGAACAGUAUGCGUAA